AUGUCCCAACGCAGGCGCUAUACAUCUCGUACCGACGAAGAAAUUCGCAAAGAGAUGGACCCCGGACACGUUCCAUAUCGUAUGGGCUGGCCGACACUUGCACCUCUGCCGAUGGACACCGACAUUGAUGCGAGAUGGAUGAUACCAGGCUCAUAUGAGAUACUGCAUGAUGUUCAGGAUAUCCUCAUAGCACGUGGCUUACUCAGGGGAACUACCGAGUUUUACUUUGCGUUUCGAAUUCCUCGGGAUGCUACUGAGGAGAACGACAAUAUAGCGCAUUUGACGCUCUUGAUACGGGUCGACAUGUUGAAGCACGCUCGUCAUGAGAUUGAAGAUGCGAUAAUUAAGAUUAGAGCCAGCUUCCGCGAUAAUUCUUGGACGGAGGAUGUCCAAAUCGAGUGCAUAGACUAUCGAGCAAGGCACCCCUCCGGCAUGAUGUCUUUCCCUAUCCGCCAUGACGAGUACAUUAUACGCCGGAAAUGGGAAGCGAUCUUUCCAGAUGUCCUGUCUUUGCUGAGCAAGCAUGAAUGGCUCUCAGUGGAUAUUCUUCAUCGAGGAUUGAUCGACGAUCGCCAGGAGUGUUCACCAACAAUUGUCAUCACUACACCAACUGCGCGCGAUCCCAAAUGGUUCGAUAUCGUGGUACCUUCGAUGAUGGCUGACAUUGCCAAGAGAGCUCCAGACUUCGGCAUCGAAAUACUGUGUGGUAUGACGACGCUGGGGGCGAAGAGGCGAAAUAGCUUGACCGACAGCGUCAACGUUUCAUCCUACACCAAAAAAGCCGAUAUGGGAUGUUCUCUUGGAAUUGCGAACGAUGACAGAGGUUGCAGUACCUUGGGUGGAUCUGUGACUCUGUCCGGCGGAGUUCGAUGCGGAAUAACGAGCUGGCACGGCGUCCGCGAUGCACGACUUGACAACGGUAAUAACUCAUUAUCAACUAAUAACAUACAAACUGACCCUUACGCAGUAGUCUCCAACACGACCAACAAGGCUAUGGGUAUUAAUAACAAGACCUUGACCAACGUACCUCAACUCAUGGUAUCGCCAGCGACGCUCGACCAUCACGGCUACCUCGAAAUGCUGCAAAGACAGAUCACACUUUACCGUACUUACGCUGCUGAUGGAGAUUUGGAAUGCAAGAUGUUGCACAAAGAGAAGGAUGAAGAGCACAAGAAGUGUGAAAGCUUCGACCGGCGUAUUGGCUACGUUUACGCAGGUUCAGGCCGUCGAACUAUCGAGGCCACCAGGUACACCUCAGAUCUGGACACUGGCCGAUCCAAAGACAAGAAGGAGGCGUUGCAACCGGAGGUCGUCUUUCCACUCGACUGGGCGUUGAUUCGUAUGGACGAUACAAAAAAACGCGACGUUACCAACAGUCUGCCUGAUGUUUACUCUACCAAGACGAAACUUGUCCCAAAGCAGCGGUGCAGGCAAUGGUCAACCUUCAAUGUCAACAAAGAAGAAGUGCACGUUGCCAAGUACGGGCGCACGAGUGGCUGGACGGCCGGUACCAUUAACGCUUGUAUGAUUAUCAUCAACUCUGAUGCAGACGAGGAGAUCUCGGUUGCUUAUGGUAUAGAUGCGAAGAGCGUGGGAACAUGUUUUGGUGUGGUUAGUAAUGACGAGAGGAAUGACUUCUGCGAGCUUGUUGACAAUGGCAGUAUAGUAUUACACGAAGGAUCAGGCACGCAGCUUGGAUUACUCUUCGGGGUGACUGGUACCGGACAAGGAAUGUUUCUUCCCAUGGACGUCGUCUUUGAAGACAUCAAGAGAGUCACUGGUAAAGACGUUGUCAGACCGUCCUAUGUUGGUAAGUUGGGCUCCAUCACUGACGAAAUGAUAUCGAGCUAA